UUUACAAACUUAACCUCUAUUCGCGUCACGAUUUACAUACCCUCAUUUUGUGUUUUCCGUCCUCGUGUGUUCGUUGAUUGAUAAUGACUUCUAACAUGGGCACGGUGGAUGUUAUCAUUUCCUCCGUAGUUUUAAAUUACUUACAAAAAGUAGAUGGAAAAUUGGCGAAGGAGUUUAGAAAAAAAACAAAUGCGCUCACACUUUCAAAGGGUUCACCGGAAAUUCAAGUUAUAUUUAACCACUUCGUUAAGACUAAUCCCCUUUCUAAGAAACUCAAACUGAACGCAGUUGAUGACGAUAGUGAUGAGAACGUACAGAAAGCACAGCAGAAUAGUUUCACAUCAAACCUCUCAAAAGCUAAUGCUAAACGUCAGUCGAAUAACAUCAGUGAUGACAAAGCACAUGCUGUUGUCAGUUCACCUAUCAUUCCGGAUAAAAAAGCAAACACAAGUUCACAGUCAAUAACCGAGCCUGAUGAUGAUGAAAGCGAAGAGGAAGAUGACGAUUCUGAUGAUGAAGAUGCCGAUGUUAAUACACAAGAUAACGGUCAAGGUCAAGAACAAAAUGAUGAUGCUGAUGAGUUAGACUCAGAUUUGGGAGAGGAAAGUGACGAUUCAGAUGAUGAGAGUGACGAGGCAGAUGCCAAAGAUGAUAGUUUAAAUGCGAAAGCAGACACAUUAAAUGCAGAAGGGGACAAUUCAGACGAAGAGGAAGAAGAUUCUGAUGACAAACCAGACGAACAACCGGCUAAACACAUGAUGAAUUCGGGACCUAAACAUGAAGCCGACUUCGAUUUUAAAAGGGGGAGGGGAGGAUUUAGAGGCAGAGGAGGUUUCAAUAGAGGUGGCGGGCGUGGACGGGGCGAGGGAGGAGGUGGGGGUUUCAGGGGGAAUUUUAGAGGCGGCAACAGGGGAGGUUUUCGUGGUAGGUUUAACGACAAUCGUGGCGGACGUGGGCGAGGUGGUGGACGUGGGCAGGGCCGUGGAGGAUUUAGGGGGCACGAUGGUUUCCGUGGCAGAGGAAAUUUUAACAAUAGGAAUAGCCGUGAGUUUCCAAGUCCACAUCCACAAGCUAAAAAAAUGAAGCUCGAUGAUUAGUUAUAAGUUUUAAUAUAAGCAUAUUUUAUGUGUCAUUUAGUGUUACGUUUAAACAGUACUUUUCUGUUUAUGAUUGAAUUAAAGUGAACAAACUUUUUGUA